AUGUUCGUCCUUCCGCCCCCGCCGCGGUACCCCAUCAAUGGCGCAUACGGCAAUGGAAUCAACAUGGUUCCCGUCAUCGAGACGAACAACACCUUGUCUCACCCUGACGGCCCCGACAGCCAAUUCCUUGUCGGCGAAGGCACCUACAUGCUCAAAGAAGACUUGCAUCUCGCGACACCACCGCCGCAUCCGUCGGAGGCCCCGAUUGUGAACCCGAAUCCGCUGGCGACAAAUCCCCAGCCCGCGACGACGGGCACGAAAGUGUCAUUGAUAAAUCUCGAUGCGCGGCCAACGCCGCCAGUGUUCUUCAAAUCACCAUUCCAGAUGAAUGGGCUAGCGGCAAGCAUACAGGAAGCUGGCAAAGAGGUCAGAUCGUCCACUGAGGGCGGGAUGAGUAGCGAGGAUGGGAGAGGGACUUCGAUGAGCGAUGGCCCUGGCACGUCGUUGUAUCGUGCAUCAGUCCCAGCCUUUGGCGAGGCAAACCCUCUGCUUGCCCAGGCACCCACCAAGGAUGUGAACAAGAGAAAGAAGCCCAAGAAUAACAUGACUAAGAGCAAUUCCUCCUUCAUUUCUCGCGUCAUUGUCAACGAGAGCCUGUCGAAGAAGCUCACUGAUCGGCCGAGCGAUGGACUCUACGCCUUUGCCAAUAUCAACAGAGCUUUCCAAUGGCUGGAUCUGUCCAGUCCGAAAAAGGAAGACUACUUGACCAAGAUCCUGUUCACAAAGGCGCACUGUCUCUGCCACGAUGUCAACCACGUCUCCAAGGGUAGCUCUCAUAUGGACGUCAUCAUGGGCUUCUCGACUGGGGAGAUCAUCUGGUGGGAGCCCAUCUCACAGCGGUACACGCGUUUGAACAAGAACGGUGCGAUCAACAACACACCGGUAUCCCAGAUCACAUGGAUUCCAGGGUCAGAGAGUCUGUUCCUUGCUGCCCACAUGGAUGGUGCGCUGGUGGUAUACGACAAGGAAAAGGAAGACAGUCCCUUCAUUCCAGAGGACGUCGCCCCAGCGCUAAAUGGCAGCGAGACUGGCGAUGCAGUCAACUCUCACGGCAAGAACAACAUCCAGGUGCAGAAGUCUGUGCUGUCGAAGAAUCAGAAGACGAACCCUGUGGCGCUUUGGAAGUUGUCAAACCACCGCGUCAAUGCGUUUGCAUUUUCUCCAGAUCGGACACAUCUGGCUUGCGUAAGCGAAGACGGAACACUCAGAAUCAUCAACUACCUGGAAGAGAAGCUCCUUGACAUCUUUUAUUCCUACUACGGUGGCUUGAGCUGCGUGUGCUGGUCGCCGGACGGCAAGUACAUUGUCACUGGUGGGCAAGACGACAUGCUUUCCAUCUUCUCCAUGAGCGACUCGGCCCUGGUUGCUCGCUUGCAAGGCCACGAGUCCUGGCUAGCAGCUGUUGCGUUCGACCCGUGGCGAUGUGACGAGCGCAACUAUCGCUUUGGCAGCGUAGGGGAGGACGGGAGACUAUGCCUCUGGGACUUCAGCGUCGGCAUGUUGCACAGGCCUCGCGCGCUCUCCACGCAACCGCGCGCCUCGGUCACGGCUCGCCUGGCCACGCUGGAUACAGUAGAUUCGGCGCAGACCACAGGAAGUCAAGAGUCCAACGGCAGCAACAUUGAGGACGACGGCUUUUCGCACCCUGUCGAGCCUCGAGCGAACAUCCCAAUGCUGCCACCCGUUCUGAACAAGCAGAUUGAUAAGGACCCGAGCCAGUGGCUGGCAUUCACCGAGGACGCCAUUAUCACGAGCUCCAAGACUGGCCAUCUCAAGACCUGGAAUCGGCCCGGUGUGAAGGUUGAAGCGCCAGGCGCGGCAAAGGCAUGA